AUGCCUGUGUUAUUACUGUGUUGCAGCAAAAUCACUGAGAAUGCAAAAAAAGCCUUGGCCUCAUUGAAGAGAGAAAACCCUCGGCUUGAGCCAACACUAGCCAUUAUUCAGGCACAUAAUGAUCAUUUGGUUGAAGAAGUAAACAAGAAGUUUGCUGAAGAGGUUGGCCUACGCGUUAUUCACAUCUGUCUCCCUGAAGGCAGCAGCAAAGAUGAGGUUGUUGAUGAAAUCUUGAAACUUAAUGAGGAUCCUAAUGUGCAGGGCCUUGCUCUUGACCUUCCAGAAAGCACAUAUAGCAGCAAGGUAUCAAAUGCUGUGAAACCAGAGAAGGAUGUGGAUGGAUUAUCUGAUGUAAACCUAGGAUGCUUGAUACGUGGGGAUGACUUUGGCUGCUUAGUUUCUCCUACUGCCUGUGCUGUGAUGGAAGUUCUUGAAAAUUUAGAUGGGAAGAAAGUGCUGCUGGUGGGAGCCAGUGGGGUCCUGGGAGCCUCCUUGCAGUGCCUGCUGCACCGGAGAGGGGCGAUGACCAUGAGCUGCCUCUGGGAAAGUCCUCAGCUCCAGAACAAGCUUCACCAGGCAGAUGUGGUGGUAGUUGGCAGUACAAAACCUGAAGAAAUUCCAGUCAGCUGGAUAAAGCCUGGAGCCCUUGUUAUCAAUUGCUCUCGUGACUUUCACUCAGAGAAACACCAUGGUCAGCAAAACAGCCAUCCUGUAGAAAAUGAUGUUUGUUCUCUUGCGAUAGCGAUGCGAAUGCAGAACAUGGUGAAAAGCUUAGAGAGAUGGAUCCAAUCCCAGCAGUACAGGAAGUGGAACCUCCGCUGCUUGAAACUUCAGCCUCUCUCCCCAGUGCCCAGUGAUAUUGAGAUUUCCCGAGCUCAGAGCCCAAAAGCUGUUGAUGUACUUGCCAAGGAGAUAGGAUUGCUUACAGAUGAAAUUGAAAUCUAUGGCCAAACCAAAGCCAAAGUGCGUUUGUCCCUGCUGGAAAGGUUAAAGGAUCAACCAGAUGGAAAAUAUGUUCUCGUUGCUGGAAUAACUCCUACACCCCUCGGAGAGGGGAAAAGCACCGUCACAAUUGGUCUUGUCCAGGCUCUUACUGCACACCUUAACAUAAAUUCCUUUGCCUGUCUGAGACAGCCUUCCCAAGGACCUACUUUCGGAGUUAAAGGUGGAGCAGCGGGAGGUGGAUAUGCCCAAGUGAUUCCCAUGGAGGAGUUCAAUCUUCAUUUGACUGGAGAUAUUCAUGCUAUAACUGCUGCAAAUAAUUUACUCGCUGCUGCUAUUGAUGCGAGGAUCUUGCAUGAAAAUACUCAGUCUGAUAAGGCUUUGUAUAAUAGACUGGUUCCAGUAGUUAAUGGUGUGAGAGGAUUUUCUGCUAUUCAGCUUGCGCGUUUGAGAAGGCUGGGAAUAAAUAAGACUGAUCCUAGUACUUUAACAGAAGAGGAGAUCAGCAAGUUUGUGCGCCUUGAUAUUGACCCAUUAACUAUAACAUGGCAAAGAGUGGUGGAUACCAAUGACAGAUUCCUACGGAAAAUUACUAUUGGCCAGGCAAAUACUGAGAAAGGAUUUGUCCGUCAGGCUCAGUUUGAUAUUGCUGUUGCAAGUGAAAUUAUGGCCAUUCUGGCACUUACCUCCAGCCUUGCAGAUAUGAAGGAGAGGCUGGGAAAAAUGGUGGUGGCUAAUGAUAAAAAGGGGCAACCGGUAACAGCAGAGGAUUUGGGAGUGACGGGUGCAUUGGCAGUUUUGAUGAAAGACGCCAUUAAGCCAACGCUGAUGCAGACACUAGAGGGAACACCAGUAUUUGUUCAUGCUGGACCUUUUGCUAAUAUUGCACAUGGGAAUUCUUCGGUUUUGGCAGAUAAAAUCGCCCUUAAAUUAGUCGGAGAAAAAGGAUUUGUGGUAACUGAAGCUGGCUUUGGUGCUGACAUUGGGAUGGAGAAAUUCUUCAACAUCAAAUGCAGAGCCUCUGGCUUGGUUCCCAGCGUGGUUGUGCUUGUUGCUACAGUGAGGGCUUUGAAGAUGCAUGGAGGUGGGCCAAAUGUGACUGCUGGUGCCCCUCUUAAGAAAGAAUACACAGAAGAGAACCUCCAGCUGGUAGCUGAUGGCUGCUGUAAUCUACAGAAACAGAUUCAAAUUGCUCAGCUGUUUGGAGUUCCUGUUGUGGUUGCUCUAAAUGUCUUCAAAACCGACUCUCCUGCUGAGGUUGAUUUGGUCUGCGAGAUUGCAAAGCGAUCCGGAGCAUUUGAUGCUGUACCCUGCAAUCAUUGGUCAACUGGUGGCAGAGGAGCAGUGAAAUUAGCUCAAGCUGUGGAAAAGGCAGCUGGUCAGAAAAACAGUUUCAAAUAUCUAUAUAACUUGGAGCUUCCUAUUGUUGAAAAAAUAAGGAUCAUUGCUCAGAAGGUGUAUGGAGCUCAGGAUAUAGAGUUGUCUCCUGCUGCACAGUCACAAGUGGAUCGUUACAGCCAGCAGGGAUUUGGUAAUCUUCCCAUUUGUAUGGCAAAAACUCACCUAUCCCUCUCCCAUCAGCCUGAGAGGAAGGGCGUUCCCACCGGUUUCAUUCUGCCGAUUAGUGAUGUGCGGGCCAGCAUUGGAGCUGGAUUCAUCUACCCUUUGGUAGGAACGGUGAGUGUAGAGUAUCCCAACUUCAUCACUCCCCUCCCUUUGAUCAUGACAGGGAAGUACAUUUCCUUUCUGCCACUCAAAAGAAUCUGUAGAACCAG